AUAAACACCUCAGAUCACAGGCAGAGCAAGACUAUGAAGAACGAAAAACUCAGCUGAAAGACGAUUUGGCUACCUUCUACAAAACAAGAUACAGUACAAUACCACUGUCACCGCUAGUCGAGGGACACGACACUCCCCUUGUAAAUUUUUACAUUUUGCCUGAAAUGAAUAUCAUUGAAAAGCAGGACAAAAAGCCAGCUGGGGAAGAGACUAAAACGCCUGUCAAAUCGUUGUCGGACGUAUUCCAGUCUGAAAACAGUUGUGAAAUAUAUUUAACCGCUGAUGCUGGAUUUGGAAAAACUGCAUUUUCAAAAUAUCUGGCUGUCACAUGGUGCCAGGCUCAUCGUCCCGAAAUGAAAUACAAAAAGUACUUCUCAGAAGAUUCGAUAACUGCCAUGCGUGAUUUUGAGUUUUUGUUUCUUGUGUUAUUACGGGAUUCUUCUGAUGAUUGCAGUAUUGAUGAUUUGAUAAUGAAUCAAAUUAUACAAAAUUUGUCACAGUCUUCAAAAAUGACAUUAGAUUCUAUACAGCGUAUUUUGCACCGGGAAAGAUCUUUAAUUAUUUUGGAUGCUUUAGAUGAAUGGGUCCAUCCUGAAAAGAAAUGUACAAAAAUGCCAAAAAUAAUCCCUCAUCGUAAUGCUCGUGAAAAAUGUGUAAUCCUUACAACAACAAGACCUUGGAAAUUAGGUGUGUUAAAUCUUAAAAAUAGUGAAAUAGAUAAGAAAGUGGAACUAGUAAAACUAACCUCCGAGUCAGCACAGACAUUAGAGGAAAGAGCGAUUUCAAAAAUAAAGAAUCUCGAUGUUGCUGAAGCAAAAAUCCUGGCCAAACAAUUAAAUAAAAAAAUCAAAGAAAAUAAACUCGAGGAAAUGGAAUCCGUCCCCCUUCUUUCGAUGUAUCUCAUUAGUUUAUGGUGUGAAGGUAUUCCACUAGGACAGUCAAAGUGUGGACUAUAUGCAAGCAUUAUUGAACUCCUGCUGUCAAGAACUUUAAGCAAACAUCCGGAAAUGGAACCAACGGGCGAACCCUCCCAGAGUGAUAUCCCACAAUGUUUCAGUGAACAUGAACAUUGUAAUCAGUACUGCACGUAUCUGAAAGCUUUAGGUAAAUUGGCAUUUGAAACUUUAUUCAGUGAAACAAAGGAGAACACUCUUGUAUUUUACAAGUCAGUGGCAGAGAAGUAUCUCUCACCAGAUGAUUUGAAAUUAAGUCUAAACUCGGGAAUAUUAACACAAAGUACAGAAAAGACACUACUCAAACAAAUUUCUAAAGUUUCGUUUUCGCACAAAACCACACAAGAAUUUUUUUGUGCAUUGUACAUUAGUUGUCAAAAUGAAAAUGAUGUCAAAAACAUUGUUCUAAACAAAUGCAAAAGUUUGCAAAGUAUUCUUGACAUGUCGACAGUGCUUGUUUUCAUCAGCGGAAUGGUGAAUGCAGAAAUCAUUUCUUCAGUAUCACAGGAAUUUCUUUCUGUUAUCAGCGAAGAUAAGAUAACGAGCGAAUACAGAUCCACGACUGAUUACAACCCUUUCGAGAAGCACCCUUUGAAAGACAUACAAGACAUGUACAUUUCUUGUAUGAAAGAAAACACGAGCGAUAAGGAACUCAAACUUUUCUGCCAAGAUUUUUUCUUUAGUUAUGAUUGUAAAGAAGAAAAAUACUUUUCAUAUUUAGCACAGCUCGCGGUACAAAAUAAAAACAACAUGGCGUCAAUAAAUAUCAACACAUUCCGUGGUCGUAGUUUACGUGAAAUUAUUGAUUGUUGUGAAUUGCACGAACUGUUCCAGAUCAAUAAAAUAUACUACUGGGGUAAAGAAGAAAACGCACAGCUUCCUGUACUGUUGGACAAGUCGCCGAAAUGUGUCACUGUUAUAUCGCCUCCUCUAUCUCGUGGUUCUUGGAGCCGUGAAAUGUUGGAAACAUUACAGAAUAAUUCUCUGUUACAAGCAAUUUAUAUCUUGGGUUUCAAGAUGAGCCACGAUGUACUGAAUGACUUUCUGAAUUAUAUUAUAAACAGAAAAACAAUGACGGAGAUUAGAUUGUGGUGCUUAGACUGUACCGAGCACAAGCGUUCGUGUACUUUCAGUUUAGAUUUUAGUCAGCAUUCAGAUCUAAGGAAGUUAGAAUUGCGCGAGAUACCUGAAGUGUCACAAUUGAAAGUUAAUAGUCAAGUGAAACACGUGGAGUUGGGGAGUAUCAAUCUAGGUGAAAGGUCGCUGCCUCCUGAAAUGGCGAAUAUUGAAAGUGUUUAUUUGGGGAAUGUAAACAUGUCUGCUUCAACAUUGCGUGAUCUCGUUAAGGUAGUGGAGAAACUUUCACACAAAGUCACAGUAACAAUAUGGAGGUGUAAGAUAGAACCGGAAACAGAGUUUGAACACGUUAAACAAUAUAUACACUCAUCUCAGAAUUUCCGAGUUACGAAGGAUGAAUGGUGGUGGGGGUUUGUGUUUGAAACAAAAGUUGCAAGUUAAGUUACUAAAUAAACUCAGACAGAUAGUGUAAAUAUUUUGUAAACAUUCCAUUUAAAUAUGUUACACAUAUUGGACACAUGACAUAUGGCAUAUAUUUGUGUAUAUAAAUACACGCGUGUUAAAAUAGAUAUCGACAAAAAUUCUUGGAAGUGGAGGUAAAAAUGGAUGUUCCUAUAUAAAAGGAUUUAUACACAAGUCCAGUUUUCCUCUAUACUUCAGUUAAAAGAUCGCCCCCAACACCUCAAAACCAUAGACGUCCUUCCUGUAUCAAGGCACGUAUACAUCGCCAUAUUAUACGUGAAUU